AUGAAGUCCUCUAAGAGUUCAAAUUUUAACGAUAAAUCAUCAAUUGAAACAUUUGAUGAAGAACAAUUUGAACUUUAUAGUUUACAGCAACAGCAGCAACUAAUACAAGAACAACUACAACAGCAACAUACUAAUCAACAGCAACAACAACAACUACAGCAAAAUCAUCAUUAUCAUCAGGAACAUCAGUAUCAUCAUCAUCAGCAACUACCUCAAACAAGAAAUAAACGUUUAGAAAAAUUAAAAAAAUUAAAGUUACGAGAAAUACAAUCAUUGGCAUUAGAAGGUGGCGAUACAGGACGAGGUUAUUGCUCAUGCGAUGAACAGUGGAAUGGAUCGACAUCAUCGGCAUCGUCACCAACAUCUGUGUCACCUACACAACAACAACAACAACACCAACAGCCAUUAGCACAGGACGAAUCCCAAUGCCAAUUAAAGCUACAAAACCCAAUGGAAACAACAACAACAAUAAUAUCAUCAACAACUUCGCCAACGCCAGCAACAAGAACAACAAUAACAGCUACAACAACAAAUACUACAAAUACAGGCUCAACGGCAGUAACUACGACAAACAUCAACAUUGAAGCGCACGAAAAGACUUCCGAAAACGGAAGUGGAACAAACGAUGCGACCGGCGGAAGCGGAUACAACAGGACAAACAAACAAUGCAAUGGUUCAUCAGCAAUGAGCCUACAAAAACAACAACAUCAUCAGCAACAACAGCACAAUGAACAUGAUAAAAUAAACAUCAUGAUGGUAGAGGAGCAGGAAAAUUUUAAUGAAACUAACAACUUCACCGAUACCAUCAGUAUAAGUCCUGGCAGCAGUAGUAACAUUAAAACCAUAACACUACGACGCAAUCCCAUACAGCAUCGUCUGAAACAACAACAUCAUGUACGUUUUUCAGAUGAAAAAAAUUUCUCUGAUUAGUUUAAACACGCUAAAACGGGGUAAAAUUUAGUUUUGUUACGUUCUUUUUUAAAAGGUUUUGUAACGGAAGUUUUACGUGUUUUUUUAUAAAUUUUAUUUUGUUGUUGGCGCAAAACAAACAAAACAAGGAUAAACUUUAAUUAACAUUUAUUUAUAUAUAUUUUAUUUUCUUUAUCACUUUAUCACAUAAAACAAACAAACAAAUCACCAACAUUUUAAUGAUACAGUAUGAGAAAGUAUGAAAUGUAUGUUGCUUAAGUAUAAUUAUCUAGUUGCGAACACUAAAAUGUAAAAGUUUUCUUUCUUUUUUCUUUUCUUUUUGGCGGGUCAAGGGGUCACAAAUAAUAAAAACAGCCACAACAGAACAACAGAAUGAAACUGAUUACAAUAAUUAUGAAAUUAACAUAAAACUUGUGGCAAAAAUAAACCUUGCUAUUCCAAGCUUUCAUUUUGUUCAGUUAACUUUGAGGAAAAAAAUCACAUAAAAUUAUACAAAAAAAUAUUUUAUAAACUAUUUUAAGAGAAAACUUUUUUUACUUCUUUAUUUGUUGGCGUUUCAUACAACUACAAAUCAAUACACACAACACAAAUUAGUUUUAUAUCUAAAGAUAUAAAUAGAGAAAAUUAUGGAAAAGAGGUCAUAAAAAUGUUAAGAAAAAAAUUAUGACAAAUGGACAUUACUUGACAUAUUCAGAUUUAUCAUACGUUGUUUUUUUUUUUUUACAAUACAUUGUUAACUGUAAAAGUUUUUCUAUGUUAUUUCUGUUAAAACUGAAAGCUGAAAUAUUACUACAAUAGACACUUUUUAUAAGUUGUCAAAGACAAUGUUAGUAAUUCUUUUAACUUUUUGUAUCUGAAUUGACAUUUUGUAUCUUAGAACUUCUAAAGUUUAAGACAUAAUCAAGCCAAGAAUCCAUCAACAAUUCCAUUAUUGAUCAAAGUUAUUAACUUUUAAUUUCGAUUUUGAAUUGAACUACAACAUACUUUUAGGAACUUCAAAUAAUUUCUUUAAAAUGCAUUUAUUUGAAUCAUUUACAAACGAAUUUCUAAAGAGAGAGUUGGAUUUUCAGUAAGUUAGGGUCCAAGGCUGAAAUAGAUCUUCUUCUAUAUAAAUCAAUCCAAAAACAAACAUUUGACUCAGAAUUACGACAGAAAUCUAAGAAUAAAUCUCGAGCAUGUGAAAAAGUUCAGUCAAUUACACAGUCUAUUGACUAGACUAUAGACUAGACUAAAGACUAGAUUAUAUACUAGAUUAUAGACUAGAUUAUAGGCUAGACUAUAGAGUAGACCAUAG